AUGUUCGACUUCCUAAAACCCUCCUCCCGAAACACUCCUCUCCCACCCCUCUCCUCCUCCCUCCCGACAGCCCUCAUUCUCCUCGACAACCAAGCCGCCUUCGCACACCCCUCCGGCCCGGCGUCUUCGCGCUCGAAUCCCCUUUUCGAAGUUAACCUGACCUCGCUCCUAGCCGCGUUCCGGGUUGCCCGUGAGAUGGCGCAGUCGCCAUCACAGUCGCCAUCGAUACUGCCGCUAUCCUCGAAGGACAAAGACGAAAGUAAUAGUAAAAAUGAUAAUGAGAAUAAUCUCGAGGUUGUACAUAUAUUCCAUACCUCGGAUAACCCAGCAAGUCCGCUGCAUCCGCAACAUCCUAUGAAGCUAAUUCGACCUCUUGACUUUGCGCGGCCGUUAUCAAGCGAUAAAAUUAGUGGCGAUGACGGAGGAGGCGCUGGGGAAACGGUCGUUUGGAAACCGCUCAACUCCAAGCCCAUCGGUCCUGAAUUAGAGGCAUACCUGCGGCAGCGUGGUUUCCGCCAGCUGAUAUUUGCUGGGCUAACGACUGAUCAUUGUGUUUCGACGACUGUGCGUGUUGCGGCGAAUCUGGGGCUUGCGGAUCCGGGAAGAAUUAUUGUCGUUGCGGAUGCUACGGCGGCUUGGGCCAAGGGUGGCAUUGAUGCAGAGACUGUGCAUAAUGUCUCGAUUGCCAGUUUGGAGGGAGAGUUUGCGGAGAUUAUGAGGACGGAGGAUGUCGUCAAGGCUUUGCGGAGGAUGAAAUGA